UGUGACCCAAAGACGGUUACAGAAACAUAACGACCACCACUACAUCUUCUCAGUUCUCCCCUUCUACCUUCACUUUCACCUGAAAAUAUUAUAACCGCCACUGACGUCAUCGAUGUCGAAACUUCACUUGACUCUCACUCUCCUAACUCUCACUCUCAUAUCUACAUUCAAUUCAAUCCAAUCAACAACAUUCACACUCACCAAUCAGUGCUCGUAUCCGGUCUGGACCGGCCUUCUCUCCGGUGCAGGCACUCCUCCUCUUCCAACCACCGGUUUCCCGCUCCAGCCGAGCCAAUCGAACUCCAUAUCCAUCCCUGCCGGCUGGUCCGGCCGAAUUUGGGGCCGUACACUCUGCUCAACCGAUUCCACCGGCCGGUUCACCUGUGUCACAGGUGAUUGCGGCUCCGGUUCCGUUGAAUGCAACGGAGGUGGAGCCGCACCUCCGGCUACCUUAGCCGAGUUCACUCUCAACGGAGCCAACGGUUUGGAUUUCUAUGAUGUCAGCCUUGUUGACGGUUACAAUCUCCCGAUGAUGAUUCUACCACAAGGUGAUAACUGUAAUGUCACUGGAUGUUUCACUGACUUGAACAAAAACUGUCCGUCGGAUCUCCGGUUAACCGGUGCGGGUGAUGAAUCGGUUGCUUGUAGGAGUGCUUGCGAGGCGUUUGGUGAUCCAAUGUAUUGUUGUAGCGGGGCGUUUUCGACUCCACAAACGUGUAAUCCCACAUCGUAUUCUGAGUAUUUUAAAACUGCGUGUCCGACGGCGUAUAGCUAUGCGUAUGAUGACGGAACCAGCACUUUUACGUGUAAUUCCGGCAACUAUGUCAUUGCUUUCUGCCCUACUCCGGCGAACAGCCGCAAAACCACAGGAGCCAGCCAAUCGGCAGCUAGUAGCGGCAGCGGCUCAUUGGCUAAAGCUUUUGGCGUUUCUUCCGUUACAAUUCUUGCUUUCAUAUUGACGUCGGCUUUGGAGUUUAUAGACUUAUAAUUUUAAUGUUUUCUCUUUUUUUUUUUUUUUUUUUUUUUUUACUCGGCUUCAAAUCUUCAAUUUAACAAGCCGAUUAAAGCUUCAAAAAUGGCUUUAAAUUUUCCAAGGUUAGUGGGGGCUUGUUAAUUUUCUAGUUUGAUUAGAUCUUAAAUAGGAAAUCUUUAAUUUAUACAACUUUUUUGGCACAUGUGCGAGUAAAUUAAUAUAUUGUUGGUUAAAUAUUA